CUGGAGAGCGCUGCGAAGCAGACGGAGGAACACUUACCCUGCAACGUCGUUAAACGUUUGUUGUUUUGUUUUAUUUGGUCCAAUAAUCUCAAUACAUUAGACGUAUUUUCAUGCACUGCUUUUUGAUGUGCUUAUAGUACCAAUAGUCUCAAAGCAGUCUCAAGGAAUUACCCUCUCGUAUAAAUAUGAACAGGCUGCGUUUGCGUGUCCUGUGUGUGCAACCAUCAGCGUCACAUCGCGGCUACUCCAAACGCUUUGUGUCACGCAGCAGGUUGACCAGAGAGAUGCGAUACUGAUCCGUAUCCACUGACAUGUUGCGUCCAGCUUAAUGUUUGCUCCAGCAUCCAGUGAGAGGGCAGGAUGUUGAGUCGAGUGUUGAGCGGCAGUGUUCGGAGUCUGGACAGAGAAUUCAACUGCACUGUCCGGCUGCUGGACGACACGGAAUACACCUGCACGGUACAGAGGGACGCAAAGGGUCGAUGGCUUUUUGAGCAGAUUUGUCGUCAUUUGAGCCUGUUAGAGAAAGACUACUUUGGCAUCAGAUAUGUCGACCCAGAGAAACAGAGGCAUUGGCUAGAGUUAAACAAGCCAAUUGCCAAACAGAUGAGAUCGCAACCACCGUUUAUCAUGUGUUUACGGGUGAAGUUCUAUCCCCCUGAUCCUGCUGCUCUCAAAGAGGAGAUCACCAGAUAUUUGGUCUUUUUACAGAUUAAGCGAGAUUUGUACCAUGGCCGACUGCUAUGCAAGAGCUCUGACGCUGCCCUGCUAGCUGCUCAUAUUCUACAAGCUGAAACUGGAGACUACACUCCAGAGAAGCAUCCAGAAGGCUACAGCUCCAAAUUCCAGUUCUUCCCCAAGCACUCUGAACGCCUUGAACGCCGCAUUGCUGAAAUUCACAAAACCGAGCUAAUUGGCCAGACUCCUGAGAUUUCUGAGAUGAAUUUCUUAAGGAAGGCUCAGACAUUGGAGAUGUACGGAGUUGAUCCACACCCUUGUAAGGAUGUGUCGGGAAAUGCUGCUUUUUUGGGUUUCACUCCGUCUGGCUUUGUGGUGCUUCAAGGGAACCGGCGAGUUCAUUUCCUCAAAUGGAAUGAGGUCACCAAAAUGAAGUUUGAGGGGAAGACCUUCCAUAUUUAUGCAAACCAACAGGAAGAUCAGAAAAUCAUCCUGACCUACUUUGCACCAACGCCAGAAGCCUGUAAGCACCUGUGGAAGUGUGGCGUGGAGAACCAGGCUUUCUACCAGUUUGAGAAAUCCAGUCAAGUACGGACUGUGUCCAGCAGUAAUCUCUUCUUUAAAGGGAGUCGUUUCAGAUACAGUGGGAAGGUGGCUAAGGAGGUCAUGGAGCAAAGUGCCAAAAUCAGACGAGAGCCACCUGAAAUCCACCGGGCUGGGAUGGUCCCUAGCAGGAGUUGUCCUUCCAUCGCUCACGGCCCAAGACAGAGUAGUGUUCCACGAACAUGCAGAAGAGCAGUCCAUAUGUCUAUAAUGGAGGGUUUGGAGUCUUUACGUGACAGUGGCCACUCCACCCCAGUGCGGUCGAUCGUUCAUGGGGACUUACUGAAGUCCCAUAGCAGUUGGGGCGAGGGUAGAAACGGGGCGUCGGAAUUUUCGGAGGAAUUGUAUAGGCCGACUGACAGUGUGUUACCUACGCCUGUCUCCAGCAACUGUUCACUGGACCAGGCCUUGUCUCAGCAAAUGAACAACCCUCCCAGUUUCCAAGAGGAGAAAAAAACAGAAGCAGGCAUUCCAAAAAGUGGGAGUCUGGUUGUUGCUAAGUUUACAGAAAGAGUCUAUCACCUGAGGAAAAUCCAAACACCCACUGGUAGCAUGGAGGUGAAGCAAGUAAGUAAGGUCAUUGGAAGUUUGGCACGGCUCUUCUUGGUCACGCUCACGCUGCUCCUGGCUCUCCUCCUGCUUCUCAUCGCUCUGACAGAGUCUGAACUUGACGUGGCCUUUUUGAGGGACAUCCGACAAACAGCCGAGUUUCAGCAGUUUCACAAUGAAUACUUUUGCCCGCUGAGACGCUGGCUAGCCUACAAGUUGCGCUGGAUGGGAGGCUAGCUCGUGAAUAAAUGAGAGACUGGGAAUGUGUGACAGGCUUCUCCAUUUUCUAUCAUUAUUCUAUUAUGGCAUCACGUACUUAGAACUUUCCAAUCAAACCCAGGCCAAAGCCACAGACAUCCCCAGUGCCAUGCCACGAAGACUGUGUACAUGUUUUGUUCUUCGUUAUUGUAAAAUUUUACUCAUUAGUGUUACAUUGGUCUAAGUAGAAAAUGUUAGCAAUUAGACCACAGUGCUGUUGACUUCUCAAUUCUGAUUGGUCAGAAGGUGUAGAUUAAUUUUCUAUAAAAGCAGCUCUGACAGUAGUGCUGGCUAUACUUCAAACGAUAGGUUUAUAUUAAUGCGCUCAUUCUAUCUAAUAUGUUGUUAUUUCUAUAGAAACAACGUAUUCACAGGGACUUGUAUGGCAGACAUCAUCAAAGGCUAAUAAUAAACCAAUUUGCCGUUCUUUAACAACAUGAAUAAAACGUAUAAUCGCUGAUAUGAUGAAGCUUUCUUUUUAGAUGACUAUUCGACUUGAUAGAAGGAGUCUUGUUAGGCUGUUGAGGGAAUGAUUUUUAUAUCUGCUAUAUGGGGACUAACUUGUCUUGUAGACGUUCCACAAAAUUUAACAUAACUACAAACGGUUAAAACGCAUGUGUCAUUUUUUAACGAAUUAAAAAUUGCCAUUGUUGGCAAAUGGCAAAUCACUGUGGUAUACUGUAAAAGGAAUAAAACAUUUCUGGACAUGCUGUUAUAGGACGAAAAUCUUUAUGAUGGGCUGUUUGACACCACCCAAGUGCUGAUUCUUUUCCUAUAACAGCACAUCCAGUCAUGUUUCAUUCAAUACUUCAUCAAUUUUGUCAUCAACUUCUCUGUGGUUUUCACAAUCUCAAAUGGACUGAUGAAAUGCUUUCACCCCUUUUUCAAUUUAAAUAUGUUUUAUCCUCUUCUUUUGUCUGAUUCUCUGUGCAUGACUCUUUACCUUUGCCCUGUACUUGUGGUUUUUUUUGGGGUUUUUUUUGUAUUUCUUCCCUCAACACCAUUAUACAUUUACUGUGUGACAAGUGACCGAAUACUGCAGAUAAUGAUUCUUUUUUAAAUUUUAAUUUAUGCUGGAAAAUAUAUAGAAUAAUAAGAUGCACAGAGAUGUUCUGACAGGAGAUUAAUUGGUUGAUGGAUUUGAGAGCCCAACAGACAUUGUCCCAUGUGAUUAUUAGUUUGCUUUUCAGUCAUGUGUCGUUAAUAUUCUCUGUGGAGGGUAAUGACAAAGGCUUACUAUGUUUGACGCGGCUAUAUCUUUUUUUUUGGAAUGAUACAAAAAUCUAUGACGUGGUUUCCCUCUUGCCUUAAUUAUGCACCAUUGAACAUUUUAUUUUAAUGUUUUAUAUUUUUUUUUGUAGAGUGAUUGCAAGUCAGUCGUCCUUGUCAAAGGAAAAUAGUACUUCCAUGUGUAGAACGUUGCUGAGCCUAUUGGAGCAAUAUUUAUUGGUUUAUUGAAAUAUCUAUGUAUUUACAAAAUAACAGAAAAUGGAACUGUAUCAGUGAAUGAAGUAAAGUGUCACACCGAGUGUUUUUUCAUAAUUUGUCUAAGGAUGGUGCUGAAAAUAAGCAGGACAUUUUUCCAGAAUUGACAAUAAUUUUUAUAUGAAAUAUGUAGCACAUUUUUUCCACAUGCCCUUCUUAUCCCUUCUUAUACAUCUUGGGUAUUACACCAAGCAAUGAUCACAGGCAUUGAAACAUUUCAGCCCCUGUUAUGCAUUUAUACACUCACCAGCCACUUCAGUGGAAUCUCCACUACACCUGCUCAUUUAUGCAAUUAUCUGAAAUCAGUGCAAGGCAUAAUAACAUCAUACAGAUCGAGAGCUUCAGUUAAUGCUCAAAUUUGAAUGAAGAGAAAAUUUUUAUUUUGUGAGGUUUCUUGAGACACAACAGUCUCUAAACUUUUCACAGAAUGUUGCAAAAAAAAAAAAAACAACCCAAAAACCCCCAAACAUCCAGUUCAAGCCAACAAUAAGGCUACGGUAUCUCAAACAACCACUCUUUUCAGCCGCAGUGAACAGUAAAGCAUAUCAGUUAUGCAUAUCACAUAACACACUACACCUUGAGGAAGAUUGACUACAACAGCAACAGGAAGACCACAUCCUGUUCUACUCCUUUCAGCCCAGAACAGGAUCCGGAGGCUACACCUCUUGGCUGCAUGGUUAUACACAUUACGCUGCUGCCACACUAUUGGCUGAUUGGAUAAUUACAUGAAUGUUCAGGUGCACUGGUAUUCCUUUACUGACUGUAAAUUUUUACUGAUAUAAUAAAACAAAACUGUCUCUUUAAGGCAUAUACUGUACAAAAUGUACAUGCUUUUCUCUUGAAAUAACCUAAAGUGGCAUGUU